GGAAUUUCGUGUGGUCAGUCGUGUUGCUUCUAACAGCUGUUUAUUUGUAGCCUUAGUAGCUAGCUAAGCUAACAAGAUAAUUAAAUCUAGCUGAAUAUGUCGGAUUUUGAUGAAUUCGAAAGGCUGUUAACGGAAAAUAAGAAAGAGCGGGACAAGGAAAAUCGACAUGGUCGGCACACCCCCUCCCGCAGUCGCAGCCGGGAAAGGAAGAAGAGGAGCCGGGAAAGGAGGAAGAGCAGAGAAAGCCGGAGCGACUGCAAGAACCAUCGCCACAGGCGCAGCACACAGACUCAAAACCAACGGCAAGAGAUUGUUUUGAGUCGCUCUCUAGCUCCGCAUAGAGAGAAGAAGAAGAAAGUGAGGAAGUACUGGGAUGUCCCAGCGCCAGGCUUUGAGCAUAUCACCCCCCUGCAGUACAAGGCUAUGCAGGCUGCUGGCCAGAUCCCAGCCACGGCCCUGGUGCCCACCAUGGUAGCCCCUGAGGGGGUGACCUCAACCCCCACCCCUGUACCUGUAGUGGGCAGCCAAAUGACCAGGCAGGCCCGAAGGCUCUACGUGGGCAACAUACCAUUCGGCAUCACAGAGGAGGCCAUGAUGGAUUUCUUCAACGCCCAGAUGCGUCUCGGCGGUCUCACCCAGGCCCCUGGCAACCCUGUGCUAGCUGUGCAAAUAAACCAGGACAAGAACUUCGCCUUCCUCGAGUUCCGCUCGGUGGAUGAGACAACCCAGGCUAUGGCCUUUGACGGUAUCAUCUUCCAGGGUCAGAGCCUGAAGAUCAGACGGCCUCACGAUUACCAACCCCUGCCCGGCAUGAGCGAGAGCCCCAGUGUCUAUGUGCCCGGAGUUGUCUCAACUGUGGUGCCGGACUCCGCCCAUAAACUCUUCAUCGGAGGCUUGCCAAAUUAUCUUAAUGAUGAUCAGGUAAAAGAGCUGUUGACCUCUUUUGGCCCUCUGAAGGCCUUCAACCUGGUCAAAGACAGUGCCACUGGCCUCUCUAAGGGUUAUGCCUUUUGCGAAUAUGUGGAUGUCAAUCUGAACGACCAGGCCAUUGCAGGAUUGAAUGGGAUGCAGCUGGGCGAUAAGAAGCUCCUGGUCCAGAGAGCCAGUGUUGGGGCCAAGAACGCAGCUCUGACAGGUAUGAGUCAGACGCCGGUGACCCUCCAGGUGCCAGGCCUGAUGCCCACCUCCGUGGCCUCUCUGGGUGGCCUGCCCACCGAGGUGCUCUGCCUGAUGAACAUGGUGGCCGUGGAGGAGCUGCUGGAUGACGAAGAGUACGAGGAGAUCGUGGAGGAUGUCCGGGACGAGUGCAGCAAGUACGGCCAAGUGAAGAGCAUCGAGAUCCCACGGCCUGUGGACGGCCUGGAGGUCCCAGGCACCGGGAAGAUCUUUGUGGAGUUCAUGACUCUGUUUGACUCCCAGAAGGCCAUGCAGGCGCUGACAGGCAGGAAGUUUGCCAACAGGGUGGUGGUGACUAAGUACUGCGACCCAGAUGCCUACCACCGCCGAGACUUCUGGUAGACCUGAGAAGGAUAGAUGGAGGGAGGGAGGCAGAGGGAGAACAAUGCAGAGUUUAAUGGAAUAUAUGUAACUUUAGGAAUGUUGAUGAACAUCACAAUGUUGUUUUUAAUAAAAGACAGGUGCCAGAGAUAGUUCAGAGACAAUUCACACCUUAGAGUCAGGGGUUUGUAUUAUGAUAGUGUGGUUAUGAAGAGAAGAGGCACACUGUGUGACCUUUCUUACAGAGAUCACUGGUAUAUUCUAUUAUGAAAUAAACCAGUACAUUUCGUUCAGCAAAUAGCAUAUAUUUGCAGCAAAUAGUCUAGUGGUUAGAGUGUUGAGCCAGUAACCAAAAUGUCAUUGUUUUGAAUCCUCAAGUCAUCAAGUUAAAAGCUCUGUUGUUGUGCCCUUGAGCAAGGCACCCAAUCCAAAUGUUAUCUGUAAGUCACUCUGGAUAAGUUCAACUUCAAAAUGACUAAAAUAUAAUGUAAUGUAAAUGUCUAGCCAGUGGGUAAAAUGUAUUUGUAAGUAAUUUAUUUAUUUGAUAUAAUAAGUAACAGAAUAUAGGUUCAUUUUUUACUGGAAAUUCAUCAGAAUUUGAUCUUGUACAAGGAAUCAAGUUAAGUCACAAUUUUAACUAUUUUAAUUUUAACUGUAUGUUCAUUCCUGAGCCUGAAGUGACAGUUUUCUUUGGGGGGGUGGAGGGGGUACGUUGUAGCUUUCCCCUGUCGUCUUCAGAACAUCAUCGCCAUUUAUUGUGAAGGCAGCACUGACUCAUUUCUGAGGGGACCUUCAAGUACUGUAAGUGUCUUUUGUCUACAUUUAACUUAGCAUCACUGCCCUCUUUUGAUAAAAUAAGGUCUGAAAAAUAUGUAAUGUUGUGACAUCCUGGCUACAGCAACAAUAGGCAAACCCCCAUUCCACAGACAACCAUGAGACACGUCCAAAACGGCAGCUUCCACUCAUUGAAGGCUCUAGCCCGGGCUAAUGUUAUGACAUAGUAUUGAGGAGAAAAGACGUGAUUAUAACCAUAUCAUACAGGGCUGUGGCCUUAUGUCCAAUAAGCUACAUUAGAUUGGAUGCACAUUGUAUUAUUUACUUAAUCAGAGAUAUUUUAGCUGGCUCUGAAAUUGGUUUGGGUCAUGCUCAUUAGGGCACCUUGAAGGAAACAGUUUUGAAUGGAAAGAGGACAUUUUGGGUUGUUAUUGGACAAGUUCAGGUAUUUCAGAUCUCUCUGUUUCAAGCAAUUUUCUUAAGUUUGAUGUCGAAUCAACACGACCCUAAACUCUCCCCUCCACAGCUUCCCUCCCUCUCUCCUCAGACAAACUGCUGUACAGCUGAAAGCCUUUAUCAGAGUUAUCACUGCCCUGCCUCGAACCUUGGUUGGUUUUGUAAAACAUCACUGAUUUUGACUUAAAAUCACUAACAGGUAAUGUUAUAUUUCACUGUAAAAUGAUUUCUGCUGUUUUUCUGUUGUAUUAAGCUAUUACGUGUACCUAUUUAAUCCACUUGAGCUCUUUACUCUCACUGCUUUGUUACAAAGUGAGAUUUCUUUAAGGCCAAAGAAGCAUGUGGAGCUGCACUUGUGAGAUUUUCUGGUGGGAUACAUGACAGGCGAGACAAUAGAGACGUGAAGUAACAUAGAUAAUGUGUAGACGUGGGUGGGCUCUAUGCUGCCAUGUGAGUUCAAUUACAUUUCCACUCCUCUUUCCUAUUCAGUUGCUGUGCUUUUUCUCUUUGCCACAAGGACCAGACUUGGAAGAACUUGUCUGCAAUUACUUUUCUUUCUGUUGCUCCCCUCCUCCAAAUCUUUCUUUUACUGCGAGUUUCAUGAUGCUCAGACCUUUUUCUGAGAUUUUGAGUUCCAAAUGUUUUACCUCAUAAUGGUAUUUUGAUGUUUUGCAAUAGAUACCAAAGCUUCUGAAAUUGUUGUUGUUGUUUACCUAAACAGGUUGAAAGAUUCUGUAAGAGAAGGGCUUUGUCUCUGUCAUUCAAUGUCAUCAGGUUAGCAGGUGAGAAUCUUUGCACAUAGUCACUCCUCUAUAUUGUAAGGCUGUAUUUAUUUUGGUUACAGAAUGUCUGGUCUCAUUAAAAAAUAUUUACUGUA